AUGGACCAAGUGAAUGCUUCUGUUGUGCCUGAAUUUGUUUUGCUGGGACUUGCACAAUCGUUUGGAACACGGAUUUUCUUUGGCCUCUUCUUCUCCUUAUUUUACGUGGGGAUUCUUUUUGGAAACCUCUUCAUUGUGUUCAUAGUGAUUGUUGAUUCUCAUUUACACUUCCCCAUGUAUAUUCUAUUGGCCAACCUUUCGCUCGUUGACUUGGGCCUUUCAUCUACAACAAUUCCUAGGACAAUAUCUGACCUUCUUACUAGUUGUAAAGUCAUUUCUUUCCACAGCUGCAUGACACAAAUGUUCUUCAUUCAUGUGAUGGGUGGAGUUGAGAUGGUACUGCUCAUAGUCAUGGCAUAUGACAGAUAUAUAGCAAUCUGCAAGCCUCUUCACUACCUGAUGAUCAUGAAUUCCAAAAAAUGUAUAAUUUUGGUAAUAGCAGCUUGGGUCAUAGGGAUGAUUCAUGCAGUGUCUCAGUUUCUGUUUGUUGUAAAUUUACCUUUCUGUGGUCCCUAUAAUGUAGGAAGUUUUUAUUGUGAUCUUCCAAGGGUCAUUAAACUUGCAUGCAUGAACCCUUAUAAACUAGAAUUUGUGGUCUCUGCCAACAGUGGCUUUAUUUCUAUGUGUACCUUCUUUUUCUUGAUUACAUCAUACAUUUUUAUCCUGGUCAGUGUACGACAACAUUCUUCAACUGAUUUAUCCAAAGCAUUUGUCACCUUGUCAGCUCACAUCACUGUAGUGGUUUUGUUUUUCAUACCAUGCAUGUUUCUGUAUGUAUGGCCUUUUCCGACCAAGUCCCUUGAUAAUUUCUUUGCUAUUGUUGACUUUGUUCUCACUCCUGUCUUAAAUCCUACUAUCUAUACUUUAAGGAAUAAAGAUAUGAGGUUGGCCAUCAGAAGGCUAAGUAGACAGGUUUUAAGUUCUAGGGAAUUUAUAUAA